AUGUACACAUCAUUGUCGCGCGGGACCUCAAGAGUCGCCAGAUCAUAUAUCUGUUCCUCUUGCUUAUACAGCCUCCUCAAACAACCGGGCACUCACCUUACCCGACUCGCUGUAACCCGCGUCCUCGGAGCUUCCACGGCAUCGUUCUCGACGACAUUGCGCCAUGGUCAAUCUAGCAGGGAGAAGACUGGUGCUUCCAGCGGCGAGGUAUCCAAUGCGAGUGCAGAACUAGAAGGGGUAAAUGGCCAUCGCGAACUUGAAGAUGUGUCUCCAGCAACACCCGACUUAGAUCUUUCGAAAACGCCUGGCGUGCUAAAACCUACUUCUGCCAAAUGUACCAUUCGCACCAUUGGCCCUAGUGCGGAUGAUACAGCGUCUGUUGCUAUUGGAAAGCUGAAAGAGGAUAGACAGACGGAAGAUCUAAAGGGGGAAGGUUUACAAGAGCCAGCAAGUCCAGGUGAUGGCCUUGCUGAAGAAGCUCCCAUUGUGAAAUUCGUCUAUAGGUCCCCUGCUGAGACGAUUAAGAAGAGGAAGGCUAGAGAGAAAAAGGCAGUGAAAGAGCAAAAGGAAUCUAAAACGAAACCGAAAUCCAAAACGGAACCAAAAUCCAAAACUGAAUCGAAAUCCAAAGCCAGACUUUCCGAUAAGGACGCGAAAAAGGCUGCAGUAUCUGCGGACCAAGAGCCUUUACGCGUAUCUCCCCAAGAGGAAGCAGAAAAUACGUCGAAGCGAAAAUUGCCUGCCGGUACUAAAUCGAAGGUUGCGCCGUCAAAGCUGGACAAUGUCAAAUCAAAGAAGGCUUCAGAGAGCUCCGCCAAGACAAGCAAGAAAAAUGAUAAAAGCAAACCUACUGUGGAGCUGGAAUCGAAUCUUUCGGAGAAGAGCGGUACUGCGGCAAGCUCGAAGAAGAGCGGCGCCAUGAAAAGCUCGAAGGGGAGCGGUACUACUAAAAGCUCAUCUUGGGCGGAAGUUUCAUCAGAAGAGCAGGCGGACGAUCAAGAAGAUCAAGUAGAUGUGCUAGGAAGCAUAUCAUUCAUGGAAGCUAUCAAGAUGGUGAAGGAUUCGAUGUACUCCAAGGACGAUCAUUCAGAGUCACUGAAGACGGUUCGUGCCUCUGCUACCAAAAAAAUCCUUCCUGUGGGUAGAAGCAUACUCGGAAAUGACAGCCACUCCAUUAAAGACGCCAUGCAACUUAUAUCGCCGUCAGGGAAUCCACUCAUUCGCAAAUUGAUAUCUGUGCCUGUGCAACGAAGAGCUAAGACUGGAAAAAAUAAAACGAAGAAGGGAAUGACUGAUCAGGAGAUCAAGAUCAUUAAUACGCAGGACCUGCAGCUUCUGCCGGUCGAUAUAGAGCAUCCGCCAGUACCCGCACUAGCAUACGGCCUCGAAAGAGUCCUUUUCAACCCCGGCGUAUAUCAUCUACAAGAUCCUCGAUCUCGAGUUUUCAAUUUCGAUCCCUAUUUGCAGACCAUAAUGCCUGUUUCCGAAUUCGACUUCACAUUGUUAAAGAAAUUCGUUACUUCAUCGAAAGAUGAGACUCUUCUAAAUGUCACAAGAAACGAGAAGAAAAAGUACACCGGAUCAACAUCCAGCAUGACGUCCACCCUCUCCCAUUUUCAUUAUCUUCUCUCACAGUGGCGGCCAAUUAAUGCAGGUCUCCUAUCUCAAACCUUUCCCGCCAGUCUUAAUUCGUUCACCGUCAUACAGCGCGCUCCCACGGCAAUGUUCCUGCGAUGGAAAGAUGGAGUUUACGCCAUUGAUGCUGACAAGGAAUACGAUACUUCAAAUGUUUUAAGUAUGCUUGGGCAGUCGAUGGAGAAGCUCCUCACCCUUUCAACUGAAGAGUUUGAGAGGUACAGCAAGAAUAGUACCGAUCCUGUCACAGAAGACGAUCGCAAGCAGUCAGAAGCAUUCCAUUAUACUACAAUGGGCGACUUUCUCAUGCGAUCUCAACUUGACGCACACGACCCCAGGGUUCCGGGAACUGGCAUGUUUGACCUCAAGACCAGGGCUGUCGUCUCUAUUCGGAUGGAUACUGCUGCUUACGAACAAGGCCGUGGCUAUGAAAUCCGGGGUCGGCAUGGAGAGUGGGAAUCAUUCGAGCGGGAAUAUUAUGACAUGAUCAGGGCAGCGUUUCUGAAAUAUUCAUUGCAAGUUAGAAUAGGUCGUAUGGAUGGAAUCUUCGUGGCGUUCCAUAAUACGGAAAGAAUAUUUGGAUUCCAAUACAUCAGUCUAUCGGAAAUGGAUUAUGCCCUCCAUGGGACGGAAGACACUACACUUGGUGAUUCAGAAUUCAAGGCUAGCUUGGAAUUACUGAAUCGCGUCUUGGAUCGCGCCACGGCCAAAUUCCCCGAACAGUCGUUGCGCAUAUUUUUCGAGACAAGAGGCAGGACCUCAGACACAAGAUAUAUGUACAUAUUUGCAGAGCCGAUACAGGAAGACGCUAUCGAGGACAUUCAAUCCCGCAGCAAAGCUAAGAUUGAAGCGUUCGAAAAAAGGGUUCUGGGAAUGCACCAAGAAACUGAGGAGGAGACAAGGGCCGAAUGGGAAAACCUUCGGACUAAGGUUCAAGAGAGUAUAGACAAAGACGAGGAUGAUACUGGAGCCAUGCAAUCGUCUGAAGGAGCUGAGGAACCGAUUGGAGAGGUGAUAUCCCCCACGUGGGACUUGAAUAAUGAUGAAGGUGUGGAUACUGGCGAAGCUAAGGAGAUAGAUGAACAACAAGAUGGCGAUGACGCAACUAAAAAUGCUCCAGUGGAGGUCAUAGAGACCGACGGAUCCGCCAAGGCUAUUGAGUUAGGCGCUGCAGAGGAUGGUGCAACAUAUGCGUCUAGUCAUGAGGAGGCAGGUACUGAUGAGCCGAAAGUCAAUGAAGGGCUAGGAAUGGAACAAGAAGGUGCUAACCAUGACAACAUGGGGAAAGAUUCCAAGAAAGCAACUGCUUUAGAAGAAUCUAGUGAUUCGGUUGAGUCUAAAAAGGAAGGGCCCGCUGAGGAUGACAGCCAGGCCAGUGAGCCGAUAGCCGAUGAAGACGACCACAGGGAGAUGUCUGACGAUGUCCAAGCGGCAGCAUCAAGCACCGAAUCAGAACCAGCUGACCUGUUAGCCAUGUGCCUCACCAUUCGCAAUAAAGUCAACGGGGAAUAUGUCUUACGCCCAGAAAAGCUUACUACCGAUGAUGGGUGGGAGGUGGAGUAUUCGUUGGCGGAAAUCAGUGGCCUAAGCCAAGGCCGUGCCCUCUAUGCAGCUUGCAAACUCAGACGUCUCAACGCGUUGAUGAAUGCCAGAAGUGCCAGGAAGGCUAAUGCUUGGAAUGACCGGUAUAUCGAGAAUAUUAAGAAGUUGUCUGAUAAAGGGAGGGCUUGGAGGAAGCGUAUGGAUGACUUGGAUUCUAAGGAGUCUCCCAAGGUUUUGCAUGUCAAGCCGUUGGAAUUUCAUAGUAAGGAAGAAUGGACUGAAGAUGGGCGGAAGCAGCAGGAAAAGGAGCAACAGUAG